AUGGCAUCAUCUAAUACAGAAGCAACUCAAUAUACCUCUUCCACCCCUUCGACAGAAGCCAAGUACAUCAAUUUUCCAUCGCUCCACCUGACGCGAAACAUGAGGAUGGCAAUGCCCUUUGCUGCAGGAAUACCGGAUCGGGAUACCCUGACCAAGAGUCUGCAGGUCGGCAUUGCCUCGGUUUGGUGGGAAGGAAAUCCAUGCAAUAUGCAUUUUCUGGAUCUGGGAAAGACAGUGAAAAAGGCUAUUGCGGAUAGGGGCAUGAUCGGGUGGCAGUAUAAUACCAUUGGUGUGUCGGAUGGGAUUACCAUGGGUACCGAGGGUAUGCGCUGA